AUCGAAAAAGUUUAUGGAAAUAUCAUGAAUAUUGUUUAUAUAUGGAUGGUCGUGGAAGUUAUUCAUUUAAACCAAUUGAUGAACAUACUUCUGAAUUUGGAUCCUAG